UUCAUCACAUUUCCAUAAUACCGGUUGACCAUGCAUCUAUUUCCAUUCAAAAGCAUUUAACUGGUGUGAAAUCUCAGUGAUGCUCUGGAAGUAGUCGAACAGUGUUUCCGGAAUUUAAUGACUACGAGUAUGUUUCCCAACUGGCUGCCUUAUGUUAUUGCUUUCUGUGUCUGGGUUGCUGAAGUGGAUUCUUCAGAAGAGUUGUCGAGCUGUCCUGGGAUCUGCAUAGCAGAAGAUGAUCCAUGCCAAAUUGUUCUCAAUGACACGGACUGCGAAAAUUCGAUCUGCUGUGCAGAUUAUUUAGGCAAAGAAGAUUCAAAUUGGAAUGAUGAAUCGGAAACGCAGUUGCCAUAUUCUUCAAUGUCCCAAGUUUACGACCAAAGAGCUUACAAUGAGCCAGGUGAUCGAGAGAUGAACAAUGAAUAUAAUCAAUACUCUAGUUCAAGGCGAGAUGGCUCCUCGUAUGAGGAACAGUCUGAAUUCGAGUAUGAGGAAUGUCCAGGUGCUUGCGUUCCAGAGUCCUACUCAAAGUACUGCGAAUUUCAGGUUUUAUCCGAAAACUUAUGCGAAGAAACGACGACUUGUUGUGUUACAGCAGAAAUUGCAAACGAGAUGCAGGGACAACAAACGGCUGAAAAAGAAUCUUAUCAGAGAGAAAGACUUGAUGUAGAUGAUAGGUGUCCAGGAGUUUGCAUUCACGCAUCGCUGUCUGCACAAUGCGACGAAGUGCGCCCGGAAUAUGCAUGUGAUCCUAAUUCAGUCUGCUGUCUUCAAACUGAAUCUGAGAAAGUUAUGAAGGAAAAUAUAAUGAAAUGCACUGGUCGUUGUAUAAAGAUUAGUGAUCGCGGCUAUUGUACUUCGCCAUACCAGCUUGUUCCCACUCGGACAACUUGUAAAUUUGGAACUGUGUGUUGCAUGAAGAUAUCAUCUGCGAGAACUUCUAAAGCAAAAAAUAAAUUUCCAUCUGUGCUUUCUAUGGGACCUAGAAGCCCUCAAAGCUCAGUAUUGGGUCACCUUGCUAUGGAUGAUAAUGGUAAUGUUUUUAGAGUUAGCUUAAAUGGUCAAAUAAGUCCAUUGCCGAGACUGGAUAAUAAUGAGCUUUCACUUAAGCAAUACCAUACAGUUGCUCAAUUCGAGAGUUUUGACCGUAAGGUUGUGGUGUACUCGGACAGAAACGGAAAGCUUUACCAGAGACACUACUUGAGACUAGCUUCUCCAGCCUUGCAACAGCCUUAUCAAUCGCCACCUAUUUCCAGAGAACGUACAAGUGUAUUUAAACAACCAGCUUUGGUAGACUCUGUUUCUGGUACUAACCCGCAAGAAUAUUCGGAACAAAGUAUGGCUAUGUCCAGUACCGCUGCGUCUGAUGAAAUCGUAAUCCCGGAUGAUGACGAUGAGCCUCCUGUAAUUCAAAAGCCAGUUGCACCUCUUAAAGAUGCAAGUAAAGACAGACCAUUUUGUCCUGGAUCUUGCAUGUCAUACUUUCUUAGAUUUACAUGUUUCAGAGGCCAUGCUAUUUAUGAUGGCUUUUCCUGUCCUGGUCGACAACUGUGCUGCGCGAAGCUGGAAGACGUUGAAAGUCAUGAAGCAUACUUGAAAUCUUUGUCUCCUUACUUCAAAUCCCCACACACUGUUCCUCCGAGGUGCGGGAAAAAAGGGCGUAGAGAUCCUGUUAAAGGAAAGGCCUCUUCUGGAGGCAGCUGCUGGCAGGUAGCAAUCAUAAAUUCCCGUAACCAGUAUAUAUGUGGAGGUGCUCUAAUCGACAACUCCUGGAUUCUGACGGCCGCACAUUGCGUAGCUAGACCAGCUAAAGAAAAUGAUGUUCUUUUCGUUCGUGCUGGUGUGACAAAUCUCCGAAGUCAAGAGGACAGUGUCAGCGGCCAAACUAUUCAAGUUCUUUCUACCUUCGUGCAUCAUAACUUCAAGUCGCAUAACUUUGAUAAUGAUAUAGCUUUGCUUCGUCUUCAAAAACCAUUAGACUUAGAUGCUGAUGUUUGUGUUAUUUGUUUGCCAACAUCGGGUCAGAUGCCAAGAGAAAAUGAAAAAUGCUCUGUAAACGGAUAUGGAUUUUUCUCUGAAAAUGAAAUGUCCCUUAAGAUUAGAGAAGUUCCGGUCUCUGUUGCCGAUGAUAUGGAUUGCAUGACUAAUUUAACGGAAGGUUUAUCUCACGCUUUUCUACUACCAUCAAGUUCCUUCUGCGCGUGUGGAAUGGGACGAGAUACAUGCCAAGGCGAUGCAGGUGGAACUUUGACUUGUGAAGUUGACGGUUUCCAUGAACUUGUCGGCAUCGUGUCUUGGAGCCUGAGCUGUACGAAAUUUGAUGUACCAGACGUUUACGUUAAAGUUCCAGCUUUCAUGGGAUGGAUUAAUCAAAUCAUUACUUCCAGUUCCUUUUUGACUUCUUUGGUAUAAUGUAAAUUUCUAGGCAUACUGCUUUGAAUAAAU